CAACUCUCUUCACUUCCCAUCCACAGACCCAAAACUACGAAUUAUCCAAUCCCUCCCUCUCUCUCCUCCUUCUCCACCAUCUAUUCCUCAAUCCUCCCUCAUUAGCCCAAAUCCUCCCCUCUUAAUACCCUCUCAAGGAAAGGAAAAAUCAAGAAAACACCAUGAUUAUAAACCUCUCAUUCUCCCCCCUAUCUUCUUUCUCUCUUAUCAGAUUGAUCAAUUCCAAAUCACCCAUCUCAGAUUUUCCCCUAAAUUCCAAGACCCACUUCUCCAAAUCUCAUCCUUCUUCAAUAUUUGACUCAGUUUCUCCUUCACACCUCAAAUUUCUUGGCAAGAAUCAAUUUUUGUAUGGUAAACAAUCACUUGGGAGAAGGCAAAAUUUCAGGACUAGUGCUCUUUCUGGAUUUGAUUUUGGUGGAUUUGAGAGUGCUCAGUCAGUUCUACAGGCAGUUUCAGUGUUGACAGCUAUCAUUGUUGUUCAUGAGAGUGGUCAUUUUUUGGCAGCUUAUCUUCAAGGCAUUCAUGUGAGUAAAUUUGCUAUUGGGUUUGGUCCAGUUUUAGCUAAAUUCAAUUCAAACAAUGUAGAGUACUCAAUUAGAGCUUUUCCUCUUGGUGGUUUUGUGGGAUUUCCUGACAAUGAUCCUGAUAGUGAUAUUCCUGUAGAUGAUGAAAAUUUACUUAAGAAUAGACCAAUCAUUGAUAGGGUUCUUGUUGUUUCAGCUGGUGUCAUUGCCAAUAUAGUAUUUGCUUAUGUGAUAAUCUUUGCACAUGUAUUGCUUGUUGGAUUGCCUGUGCAAGAGGCCUUUCCUGGGGUGCUUGUGCCCGAGGUUCGACCCUUUUCGGCUGCUUCCCGAGAUGGGUUGCUCCCUGGGGAUGUAAUUCUAGCUGCUGAUAAGAUUCAAUUAUCAGAAACGGGGCCUAAUUCGGUUUCUGAGGUUGUUGAUGUCAUUAAGAAAAAUCCCAAAAGAAAUGUGUUGCUCAAAAUUGCUAGAGGGGAUCAGGAUUUUGAAGUUGGAGUUACUCCAGAUGAGAAUUCAGAUGGCACAGGUCGAAUUGGUGUUCAAUUAUCACCAAAUGUUAAGUUUUCGAAAGUUAGGCCAAAGAAUCUGACAGAAACACUGAAUUACUCUGGGCGCGAAUUUUGGGGUCUGUCAUCUAAUGUUUUGGACAGCUUGAAACAAACAUUUCUUAAUUUUUCACAAUCAGCCAGCAAAGUUUCAGGUCCUGUUGCCAUUAUAGCUGUUGGUGCUGAAGUUGCUAAGUCUAACAUUGAUGGGCUUUACCAAUUUGCAGCUGUGCUCAAUCUGAACCUUGCAGUGAUAAACCUCCUUCCUUUGCCUGCUUUGGAUGGGGGUACUUUAGCUUUGAUCCUUGUAGAGGCUGCCAGAGGAGGGAGAAAGCUUCCUUUAGAAAUAGAACAGCGAAUCAUGUCAUCGGGGAUCAUGCUUGUUAUAUUUCUUGGGUCAUUUCUUAUUAUCCGGGAUACUCUUAACCUUGAUUUCAUUAAGAAUAUGUUGUGAAUACUUGGCAAGUCUGUGAAGUUCUUAUACAGCCAAACACAUUUCCACAUAUCGGUUACCAAAUUAGGCACUGUUGCUGGUGAUGUUCCUUCAAAGUGACCACAAUUGAGUUCACCAUGUCUUGCUUGAUAUGAUCUCCUUCUGUUCUAUGAUGUUGUGCAGUGCUAGUGUUUGGCUCACCCUUGGUCUGAACCUGUUUCAUUUAACUUGGAUCUUCCUCAUUUUAUUCUCUUGUUUUUUCUUUGUUUUUUUUUCUUGGUAGUUAGUGCUAAGAUCUGAAACUUUGGUACUCAUUGUUUCAAUUUAAACAAUUUGGUCUCAACAAUCCAAUUUUAAUUUGGUGAUUCUAUUCCAA